AUGUCAGAAUCGAUGACAUUGAUCGAACAUGCAAAUAUUCUAAAUAAAUUAAAUUAUCAAAAUUUAUUUCGCAAUCGAAUUUCUUCAAAAAAUGAUAAUUUAAAAUCUCUUUCAAUUAAUGUCUAUUCUUCUCAAUAUUUGAUAUCAUCUGAAAAACAAUCAAAAAUUUUUCGUACUGAUGAACAUAUUUUACCACCAAUUGAAAAUGGAUAUCGACGAAAGCCAAAACGUCCAUCUUAUCGUACAUCACUUUUUCAUUCUAAUAAAUCAAAUUCUAAUCAAAUUGAUUUAUCUUCAUUAACAGCUCGUGGUACAAAAUCAGAAUUAUUUACAACAAUAAAAGAUGAUGAUAGAAUUAUAAAUUUUGAAUAUCAUCAUGUUCCACCACCAAGUCCAUCUGAUUAUCAAAUUGAACAAUUAUUAUAUGAAUUGAAUCGAACAAAACAAUUUACACCAUAUUCAAUAACAGAUAAACAUGAUUAUGUACCAUAUCGUUUACCAGCACUUAAACAAUCAUCGAGACGAGUACAUUCAGAAUUAAAUUAUCCACCUACAUAUUUUAAAACAAAUUUAUCGCAGAGUCAUGAAACAUUUGAUUGA